ACACAGUCACGCCCCAUACCCAAUUUGUUCAAGAAAACUUUCCGCGUAACGCCAACCAAACACAGUCACGCGCUAUACCCAAUUUGUUCAAGGAAAGUUCAAAAGCUAUCUAUCGAUCGAUCCUCGAAAACAGCCAGGCAGACCAAUUUGACGAUUCAAUAGGGUUCUUUGUUCUAGGGUUUCUUUCCCUUUCUAUUCCCUUAAUUCAUUUCUUCUCCUGAUUCGAAACCUUGAUCAUCGUCUCAAGUUCUUCUUCUCCAAUGGCGUCCAGUUCUCAUAGGGGCGGUGACUUCUACGGUGCCGCUCCGUACAGAUCGAGAGAAGGGCUUAGCACGCGACAAGUGGCUAGUUCGGAUGAAAUCCAAUUACGGAUUGAUCCGAUGCAUGGGGAUUUGGAUGAUGAGAUCACAGGUCUCCGUAAACAAGUUGGGCAACUGAAAUUUGUAGCUAAAGAGAUAGGAACGGAGGCGAAGUUUCAGAAUGACUUUCUCAGUGAGCUGCAAAUGACACUGAUCAAAGCUCAAGCAGGGGUGAAGAACAACAUGAGGAGAUUGAACAAGAGUAUCAUCCAGAAUGGAUCAAACCAUGUUAUUCACGUGGUUCUUUUUGCACUUAUUUGUUUUAGCGUGGUCUACUUCUGGUCCAAAUUUUCACGAAGAUUUGGACAUUAAUCCUGCUGCUGCCCUGCCAAGAAUCAUCUUGACUGCAGGCCAACAGGGUCUCCUUGUCUUUUCAAAAGAUCUAAUACCAGUUUCUUUUUAACUCCUCUUGGACGUAUUCUCAUUGUAAUGACAUCUUUAGAAAGCAUGGUCCUUGUUUCUUGGAUUUUACCUUUUGAAAUGUAAAGCAUGGUUACUGUAUGUGAAAUGUGACAGUCUAUCUUCUGAGUAAUUUGUUUUAUUAAUGAAAUGUUUCAUCCAAUCUGAGUUUA